AUCCUGGCUAGAUCAUCUCAGAAAGAAAAUUUAAAAUCAAAUUGCUGUUACAAAAGGCUGAUUUGUUGCAUUAGCUUACUGGCCCCCCAAAAAAAUAUUUUAUGUGGAUGAGCUUAUUUGGACAACCGCCAUUUAAAUUGAGGUGGUGGUUAAAUUUAACGAAUUUGUUGCCACCUAUGCUACAAUGGAAGCAGAAGCCCAUUUUCCACGUUCAAGAAAACCACAAACGAAGAAUAUUUUGGUAUGGCGCUGAAUCUUGGAAGUGCUUCCACUGCUCUCCAUCCAAGACUGUUAAUUUCUUCGAAGAUUUCGAGGCAGAAAAUUGGGCUGAAGCUCCACGACACUCCGUCUCCCCCUUGUCUGAAGUCGGCGGCUGCUCUGUCUGAAGGAACUGAGAGCAAAGUUGCCGAGGAACAAGAUCCACCUACUUAUUCUGGGUCGUCCACUUCAGCUCGGAUACAGAUGGAUCUCUUGGAUCAACUCACAUCUGGUGGCACCUCUAGCCAAGGUUAUGAGAGUGAUGGUGGACCGAGCAUACGCGAACAGCUUGCUAAUUUGGUUGGAGACCGCGAUGAUGAUUUCACUAUCCCAUUAGGUAAGAAUCUCAAGAAGGUCACUGCCAAGUUCCUAACCACAUCACAGAAGAGAAACAUCCGAAGGCAAGCUUACUUGAAUGAAGUAUCCCGCAGGAACGACUCUGUCUUCUUUGCCACUAUCGGUGCCUUUGUUAUCCUCCCGCCUAUUGUCAUUUUAGGAAUAGCAAUUGCAACAGGUUACGUGCAACUCUUUCCAUAAAAAAUACUACAUUCUAUACAUAUCAUAGCAAAGCCACAUUUUGCCUUGUAAAUUUCUCACUUUGAUAAAUCUUGGUUGUUGCUUUUUCUUGGUGUCA